AUGCAGAACGACGAGAUUAUUUGGAAUGUGAUCAACAAGCACUUUUGCUCGUUCAAGAAAAAAACGGACAAAGAGGAUAUGUGCAGAAACGAGUACAACGUGACAGGCAAAUGCAACCGCGUCAGCUGCCCCUUAGCCAAUAGCAACUACGGAACGGUUAUGGAGAAGCAGGGGAAGUUGUAUCUGUGCCUGAAGACUGUGGAACGAGCUCACCUCCCCAGCCGUUUGUGGGAGCGCAUUAAGCUCUCUCGCAACAUCCCAGACGCCAAGAAAACUAUCGAACUUCAUAUGAGAAACGUGUACCCUGAACAUCAAAUCGACCGUUGCAAGAGAAGAGCCAUCAAGCUUAAGAACAUGAUCGACAGGAUGAGGCGAUUGGAACUUAAACCCAAGGAGAAACUAGAGGGAGUGAAGAAGAAGACGGAGAGGAGAGAAGCAACCAGGGAAAAGAAGGCUUUGAGUGCUGCGCAUAUCGAAGAUGUCAUAGAAGACGAGCUCCUCAAACGGCUCCAUCAGGGUGUAUACGGGGAUCUUUACGAGGAGCAUCGGCUGCCUGAAGAUUCACAAGCGCUUCAACAGUCGCAGGAAAGACCAGAGGUUACGGAGGAAAUGGCUGCCGAAAGCGGUGCAAUUCGGUUUGAGGAGGCAGGAGGGUCGGAGGAGGAUGCCUCCAUUGCUUCUUCGGACUUUGGCUCUGACUCGGACUUGGAAAGCGACACGGGUAGUGAAGAAUUUUCCUUUUCAGAUUCUGAUUCAGACAUGGAUUCGCCUGAUGCAGAGAAGGAAAAAGAAAGGAGCGCGCUGAAGGAAGAAACGGAUGACUUGGUCGAUGUAGAAGAUUUCGAAGAAAUAGUAAAGGCUCAUAAAAAAAGGCCAACAAUGGACAGAGAAGGAACCGUUCCCGUUGCGACUCUGCGCAGACAGGCCACGAAACGACGGAACACGCGCACGCACAUUCAAUAUGAGCCAGAAGCCCUGGCGGAGGAUGCAUAG